GACAAUGAAUGUGUGUCACAGAAACAGUACCUUCUGGAAAAGAGAGCGAAGCUGCGCUCGCUUAUGCCUGGAAACUAUAGUGUGAGAGUCCGAGCAACGUCACUAGCUGGCAAUGGAUCGUGGACACAAACCACAUAUUUUUAUGUGCCAGACCCAAGACACCCCACAAAUAGCAUACUGAAGAUUCUUGUUGGCCCAGUCAUCAUAAUUAUUAUUUUCCUCAUCAUCCUGACAGUCUGCGUGAUCCAGAAAAAGAAAGACGCAGAAGGCCCAACAGGACCACUAUAUGCUUCAUCUAAUCCGGAAUAUCUAAGUGCAAGUGAAGUGUACAUUCCAGACGAAUGGGAAGUACCACGAGACAAAAUCCUCUUGCUCCGAGAGUUAGGACAAGGGUCCUUUGGAAUGGUGUAUGAGGGUAUUGCCAAAGAUAUAAUAAAAGGAGAAGCUGAAGUACGAGUUGCU